AUGCUUGAGUUGGUGUUUGAGAUCUGUGACCUGACUGAGCAGUCGAUUGUUCUCUUCCUGCAGCACCUUCACUUCUCUGUGUCUGUUGCUAAUGGAAAUGUCAUCUGUCGUCAAGAGAAGUGUCCGCCGCUGAAAUGCUCCAAUCCCAUCACUGAUCCACAACACUGCUGCCCUAUCUGUAAAGUGUGCGUGGUGGAGGGCGUGGAGUUUGCUGAAGGCUCGGAGUGGCGUCCUGAGGGCCCCUGUUCUUCUUGCUCUUGUGUUGACGGUGAAAUCCGCUGCUCCCAGUCUCGCUGCCCACCCAUUGACUGCCUUCAUCCCACAAAGAUCACUGGCACCUGUUGUCCAGUGUGCGACAGUUGCACUUAUAACCAGCGCAUCUAUGGCAACGGCCAGAGGUUUACAAGCCCCGAACAGCCCUGCCAAAGCUGCACUUGUCUGCAUGGAACUGUGGAAUGUGAGAAAAGUGCUUGUCCUCCAGUUACUUGCACUAAUCCAUCCAUACCAACUGGGAAGUGCUGUCCAAAGUGUUCAGACUGCUCCUUUGAGAACCGCGUGUUUGUGGACGGCGAAGCCUUCUCCAACCCCCUGAACCCGUGUGAGGAGUGUAAAUGUAAGAAUGGCCAAACAAACUGCUACAGAAGGGACUGUCCAGCUCCACAAUGCAAUGCUCCGCUGCCUGGACAGUGCUGCAACACCAACUGCGAUGGCUGUAGUUAUGCUGGGAAGGACUACCCCAACGGUCAGGAGUUUGGUCACCCCACGGACCAGUGUCGCUCCUGCACCUGCACCAAUGGAAAUGUGCAGUGUCUGAAGAAAAGGUGUUCCCCGUUGCCGUGCUCGAAGCCUACUCUUCAACCCGGAGAGUGCUGUCCAAGGUGUCCAUCUCCGCUUUCUGAUUGCACAUAUGAACACCGCUCAUACCGACAUUCUGAGCACUUCCACCAUCCUACUGACAGCUGUCAAUCAUGUCUCUGCACCAAUGGGAGUGUCCAGUGUCAGCACAGACCCUGCCCCUUCGCCUCCUGCUCUCACCCCAUCGCACGUGACUGUUGUCGGAGCUGCGAGGGUUGUUUGGUUAUUGGAGCAGAGAGAGCUAACGGGGAGACUUGGCAAGACGUGGCUGACCCCUGUGUGGAGUGCACGUGCCGGUACGGCUCUGUGGCCUGUGAGAAGAAGCGCUGUCCCCCGUCUCACUGUAAACACCCCGUACAGAGAGGCUGCUGCAUGUCUUGUGACGGAUGCGAGUACAAGGGAAAAGAAUACCCAGACAGCUUUGAAUUUGCAGAGGAUCAUGACCCCUGCAGUGUGUGUCGAUGCUUCAGAGGCGAGGUGGUCUGCUCCCACGUCCCCUGUUACGAAGAGUGCACCCACCCACACACUGCCCCAGGACAGUGCUGUGCCCAGUGUGACCGUUGUCUCUAUAACGCUGCAGUCCUGAGUAACGGUCAGACCAUUCCAGACCGAGAUAAUCCCUGCUCCCAGUGCACUUGUCAGAGCGGGUCAGUGCGAUGUGAGAGGAAAAGUUGCCCUCCUGCAUAUUGUCGUCAUCCUGCUCCAGAUCCAUGUGGAUGUCCCGUGUGCCAUGGAUGCAUGUACCAAGGGGUGCCCUAUGUAGAAGGCCAGACUGUGACAGGGGGUAACGAAGGUUGCCAGGAGUGCACCUGCAGGAGGGGGACUGUAGAGUGUGUCGAGAGGAGGUGUCCUGCCGUGUCCUGCCCUCACCCUGCUCUGGACUCCUGUGGCUGUGGGGAGUGUGAGGGUUGUAACUACUUUGGACGUGACUGCUACAGCGGAGAGAGGUUUCCACAUCCUACAGACCACUGCCAGCUCUGCUCCUGUCUGAGUGGUGCAGUGGCUUGUGCCCAUGUGCCCUGUCCCACUGUGACCUGUAGACACCCGGUGACCUCGCCUGGAGAGUGCUGUCCCAUCUGCACAGGGGGCUGCCUCCAUGAGGCCAGAGAACACCUGCAUGGCUCCAAGUUCACCCCACAGUCUGACUCAUGCUCCAUCUGCUCCUGUUCAAAUGAAGUGGUGAGCUGUGAGAAGAGGCCCUGUCCCGUGCAGUGUUCCCACCCGGUGCCCUCUGACAACUGCUGUCCUGUGUGCGACUCGUGUCUGUACGAAGGCUCGCUCCGUCCUCAAGGCUCCACGUUCACCCCCUCUGAGCCCUGCCAGCGCUGCACCUGCGUCCAAGGCUCCGUCACAUGCACUGCCCUGGUCUGCCCCAAAGUGCACUGCUCCAGACCUCACAUCAAGCCCGGACACUGCUGCCCAGAGUGCCCAAUCUGUGUGUCAGAGCAGAAGAAGUACAGAGAAGGACAGACGUGGACGCCCUUCUCAAACCCCUGCUCCAGCUGCACAUGCAAGGCAGGUGAAGUCCAGUGUGUGUCUCCCGAUUGCCCCAAACUGCCCUGUCAGAACCAAGUGACUGACCCUGGAGAAUGCUGCCCCCGCUGCAGAGGCUGUAUGUACGAGGGCCAGGAGCACCCUGACGGCAGCAGCUGGUUUGCAGACUCCACUCCCUGUGUGAGCUGCAUUUGUGUGGCUGGGGUGACCACCUGCUCUGAGGUGCGCUGCCUGUCCCCCUGUCAGAACGUCAUGAGUGUGCCUGGAGAGUGCUGCCCUGUCUGUGCUGAUUGUAUAUUGGAUGGAAGAGUGUAUGGUCCUGGGGAGAGCUUCCACCCAGCGGAUGACCCGUGUCAGAUCUGCACCUGUGAGGUGAUGCCAGACGGAGAGCAGCAUCUUAAGUGUUACCGAAAGCAGUGUCCUAGUCUGGUGGACUGUCCCAAGAGCAACAUCCACGUUUCCGGCCCGGACUCCUGCUGCCCCGUCUGUGCACAGCCUCUGAGUAACUGCACUUCAGCUCUGAUCGGGAAUGAAGUGUUGGCCACAGAUGAUCCCUGCUUUACCUGCCAGUGCCAGGACCUGACAUGGACUUGCCUGCACCAGUUCUGCCCUUCCCUCAGCUGUCCCCCCUCUGAGCAGGUGAUCCCUCCUGACUCCUGCUGUCCUGUGUGCAAAGACUGUGUGAUCGAGGGCCAGGACCGGAAAGUGGACAACGGCAGCAGCUGGACAGACAGCGAUGACCACUGUGUCACCUGCACCUGCAAUCUAGGGUUCAUUGAAUGCAGCAUUGAAGAGUGUGUCUCUGUGGUCUGUCCGGGAGGUCAGAAACUAGUGAAACGUCCAGGGAAAUGCUGCCACGUGUGUGAAGGCUCCGCUAUGACCUGUGUGUACCAGGGGGUGGAGUACCACUGGAGCGAGCGCUGGUCUGUUGAUGUGUGCACCAGCUGCAGCUGUGGUUUCGGAGAGGUGCACUGCUACACGGAGCGCUGUGAGCCUCUCACCUGUAACACUGAUGAGUUGCCUGCGGUGGUGCCUGGCCUCUGUUGUCCUCGCUGCCUCCCCAGGCCCGCCACAUGCAUCGCCUUCGGAGACCCACACUAUCGCACCUUUGACGGACGAAUGCUGCACUUUCAGGGAGCAUGCACAUAUGUAUUGGCACAGGACUGUGACGGAGGAGACUUUAGCAUCCAUGCCACUAACGACGAGCGAGGCCGUAAAGGGGUGUCUUGGACCAAAGAAGUGACAGUGUUCAUCGGGACCGUGUCCGUGCAGCUGCUGCAGGACUGGGCCGUCAAGGUGAACGAUGAGCUUGUGAGCCUGCCCUUCCUUCUGGAGCCUUUCAUCUACAUAGAACGCCAGACCAACACCAUCUUACUCAACACAAACAUUGGUCUAAAGGUGUUGUGGAGUGGACGCUCACAUUUGGAAGUGAGUGUUCCAGGGACGUACAAGGGUCAGACGUGUGGCCUUUGUGGAAACUUUAAUAAUUAUUACCAAGACGACCUGAAGAUGCCCAGUGGGAAAAUAAGCCUCUCAGAGUCAGAAUUUGGAAACAGCUGGAGGGUGACUAAAGGAGCACAUGCUGUGGAGUCCUGCCGACCAGGCGAAGACGUAGACCCAUGCAAAGACGCAGGCUUCCAGGCAAAGAAGUCGGCCAACACUCGCUGUAAGGUGCUGAAGUCAUCUGUGUUCAAGGCGUGUCACCGCGUGGUCCCUCCGGAGCCCUGGUACGGGGCCUGUGUGUACGACCUGUGUGCAUGCGGGGCCAAUGCUGAUGAGUGUCUUUGUGAUACGCUGGAGGCCUAUGCCCGCCGGUGCAGAGAGGCCGGGGUGGUGCUACAGUGGAGGAGCCCCUCCCUUUGUGCUGUGGGCUGUCCUGUGGAGCGAGGCUUUGUGUUUGACGAAUGCGGCCCUCUCUGUCCGGUCACCUGCUUUAACAAAGACGUGCCUCUGGGGGUGAUAGAGAGCCGCUGCUUCAAACCUUGUGUGCCGGGAUGCCAGUGUCCUGCGGGGCUGCUCCUCCACAACAACCACUGCAUCCAACCAGACAAGUGCCCCAAGGUGGUCCAUGACAAGGAACCAGAGCAGCAGGAGGAGCCUUGUUAA